AUGAACUCGAACACCAAUCACUUCAAGUCCUUACCUCAAGAUCUCGUCUUAGAUAUAAUGUCUCGACUCGAUGGGCCAACUCUGGCAGCCAUUGGUUCUUCCAGCACUAAUCUCAGGUUGGCUUCGAAAAACGAGAAAUUAUGGCAAAAGCUAUGCCAUGAAACUUGGCCCUCAACCUCAAACACACAAAUCCCUUCUCGUAAAAAUCGAGGUUUCAAGAGUUUUUACGCCGAUGCCUUUCCCUUGAUCCUACACAGUGCAAAAACGGGUUUGCCAAGAAGAGUAGUUUCUCUCGACUCCACGAAUUUUUCUCCAUCGGAUUUCAUCUCAUUCAUCGACAUAUAUCACGAGGGUCAAUGCAUUUUCUCCAAAGUUGUACAUCACGAAAAUAAUAAUACUUUCGAAAUGUUACUAUGUUAUUACCCCUUCAAACUAGAAGUACUUGGAAAAAACAUACUAACGACAAAGAUACCUUCGACGGACUACCUAAAUCAUGAGGAGGAUAAAUUUGUCGAGAGCCUCAGACUAAGCUGGAUUUUGUUCGAUGUGAGAAAAGGAAACUCCUCGAAUAUAUCGAGCUGGAGGCCUAGGUCGAUUCAGAAGUUCAACUCUUCCGUUAAUAAGCUCUAUGUAAUUUCUUUUGGGUGCGUAGUGAAAAUGGACGGCAAUGAAUUAUUAACAUGUUACACAUCGGUUGAGUUUGUGAUAACGGUUAAAUGCAGAGUUUUGAUUGAAAAAGGGUGCAUAAUAAUAAGGUGGAAGGAGAUUAGCCUAGUGAUUAAAGAUGUUAAUGGCUCACACCUAAAUGGGGAGCAGAGCAUGAGGGCUAUGAAGCAAGCUUUUGUUUGCUCGCGCAGUGUAAAUCACCACAUUGUGGAGUCAAAAUACCAAGAAUUUUCCGAAAGAAAAAUGGAACUAAAACAGAAGAACGAGCAAAGAGAAAACUUGGCAAACUUGUUUUGUGCAAUAAUUGCAAUUGCAACACUUCUUGGUAUUGGCUAUAGCUGUGCAGCACUUUUGUAG